AUGUCGACUGCCACUGUACCAAAGAAAGUCCAAUGCGCAUUCUGUUCUUCUUCUUUUUCUGCUCUGGUCUUUUCUUUGUGUGUAUGUGUGUGCGCUGGGCAGCAGCAAGGUCCAAGGAACUGGGUGCGGUUGUCGGACAUGGUAGGCUACCUCACCCUCUCCACCCUCCCGCGGAAGGAGAAGGAGAAGACUAUGCUGCUACUCGCCGCAGCUGAUGACAAGGCGUGGUGCGUCAUCCACGAUGCCCAGCAUCGCUUCUGCAUUGAGUGGCAGGUGAGCUCCACGCAUCCCGCGCUAUCGUUCCUGCCACUGAAAAGUGUGCCCUCAGUGCAUACG